CCCAGGCUGACUGGGUGAGAGGUAACCACGCUUACUCCUACACCACGGUUCCCGGGAAAACCAAAAGUCCAAUAAAAUUUCGGAACAAUACACAUCGGCCAGUCGAACAAAACGAGUUUGUGAUUGGUUACAUUGCGUGGGCUAGUUUUUUUUUAAGUCAAGCAUUAAAACGGGUUUGCAAUUAAUUAAAUCUCAUGACUCUUAUCAGUCAUUAUAUAAAUUCAAACGCUGAUUUUAAAACAACAAUAACUAACAUUACUAAUGAAAUUUUGGUAACAGAUUCUAUCAUGGCACAAUGUUGAAAAACAUCCCAUGCAUGCACCACUGACUAAUAAACAUAUUCACCACUGACUAAUAAACCUACUCAGUCAUGAUCGUACUGUCUAAUCGCAAUGCUUUUGGGCUAAAUUAACGCCAUUUUGUGCAGCUUUCUAUUCGUCACAUUUUGACCUUCGCAGAUUCUCAAAAAAAAUCUCAAUCUAUGCUAUGAUAUGCUACAAUAUCCGUAAAAACACUGUGCAAUGUUGACACUCUUUAUAUUAAAUGUAGUCGCUGCUUGCUAAUCCGACAAAAUUUUAUGGGAAUAUUAGUCAAGUGCAGCUUGACAAUAUUUAUUCAAAGUAAAACAUUCAAACGAUUUUUUCCCGAAACGUCGAAUAAUGACGUACGACAAGACAGCACGAUCACGUCGAUAUGUCGGUGCGACCUUUGAAAAUGUGAUUAACGUUCAAUCUCUGAAUCACUUCAACCCCUCUCUACGAGUCGUCAGUAUCACUUUGCCGUUCUAAACGAUGACAUGGAUCAGUUGCACAGUAGUACUUUUGCUUGUAAUAAAGCUGACUGUUUCAACCGAGGAAUGCGGUGAACGGUCGGUUGUUGCCCACGAGUACGUCCACCACGGCACUCCAUCGAACCUGGGCGAGUGGCCAUGGCACGUGGCCGUGUUCCACCAGCUGAAUCGAGCGUCCCCGGCUUACGCCUGCGGAGGAACGCUGGUGAGCAACGCGUACGUUGUCACCGCAGCUCACUGUACCUACCCGCGAAACAAGGUUCGACCGCUCAAGAUUACGGAGCUGUUUGUCCGCGCGGGUAUCGCGAGGCUGGUCAAGCUGGAACCCUCGCUGCAGCAGAUUGCCAUUCAAGACAUUAUACGGCACGAGGGGUUCAACACGGGAACGCUGGAGAACGAUAUCGCGUUGUUGAAGUUGGUCGGAGAGAUUGCGCAAACCGAUUACGUAAAGCCGGUCUGCUUCUGGACGGGGGGUGACGCGGAAGAGCUGGUUGUCGGGAAGAACGGUUACAUCGCCGGGUGGGGACGUGACGAGAAGAACGAGCUUUCUGACGAGCUUAAGUCGGUGGUUAUGCCGAUUGUGUCUCGAAAGGCCUGCCAGGAAAGUGAUCCGAACUACUAUACGAGAUAUCUGUACGACCGGAAGACACUGUGUGCGGGCUUCCGAAACGGAACUUCCGCCGGACCAGGCGACAGCGGGGGAGGACUAUUUUUGGAGAUUGGUGGAAAGUGGUUCCUGCGUGGAAUUGUCAGCAAUGGAAAGGCGGAUCAUGCUACAAUUAUAGACACCAAGAACUACGUGGUGUUUACAGAUGUUGCUUAUUACAGAAUGUGGAUCGAUUUGAAGCUCGAUGGGAAAGAUGCAGCUGAUAUAUUGGAGUCGCCAGGGGAAAACUUUGCGGUUUGUGGAAAGAAACCCGAUCCUAAAUCACUGCGUCGCGGCUACCGCGAAGAAAGACCGUGGCCUUGGAAGGGAGACGUCUUCAAGGUUGGAGAUUUAGAAAAAGCUUUAUGUGAGGCAGCUAUCAUUGAUGAAAAUUUUCUGGUUGCUCCAGCAGAUGCCUUUAGUGAUGCAAUCGUAGAGAACCCAACAGAACUAGAAGUAGCAUUCUUUUCUUUUGAAAAUGGAAGGAAUAAAAAGUUCCACAAUCAGAGAGUUGGAAGAAUAAUUCGACACGAAAAGUUUGAUCCAAGAACCAGAUGGAACAAUAUUGCGGUGAUAGAACUAAAAGUUCCCUUAAGAUUCACCGAGAGAUUGCGUCCCAUAUGCAUGUAUUUUGAUGAACCUACUGGACUGUUUUCAAGCUUCUUUGUGGGCACCCACGGAGACCUCGGAAACGUUAUAGUAAAUGGUGACAAAACCUGUGGACAACAGUUCAACACUUCAGAGCAGUUCUUUUGUCACGAACUUUCAGCUCAAUUUCGUGGCGUUGUUUCAGACAUGCUGUACCAAAGCUACAAAGGCUUGUGGUUUCUCCGAGGGAUUACUUUCAACGUGACUCAAUUUGCUACGUACUGGCCAGAGCCCGACAAACUUUUCAAAACAGGUUAUUACACAGUUUUGUUCAACAUGACACAGUACACGGAUUGGGUUGGUAAAAAUACCGUUGUUUCAUCGAACAACAUAUUUCGUCUUGAGUCUUGUCCAGGACCACAUGCUUGGAUGAGUUCGAUACACUAUCGUGGCCAAGAGAAAUGUCUAGCCGCUCUUGUGUCUCCUUCACUUGCCCUAACCAUAGCGGAUUGUGUUAACGGAAUCGAUUUGAGAGAUUUAAACAUUUACGUAAACAGUGACGUAUCCUCCAGCAUCAGUGCGGUUCACGUGCACCCUAACCACGACAGCCAGCUUCUUACCAACAACAUCGCAAUCGUUCAGCUGUCCCAACCGGUUGCCGUCGAGCCAAUCUGCCUUCCAAAGACCAACGAAAAUCUCUUCAAACUCAACUUUCAAACCAUGUUCUUGGGAGGGACCGAACCUCACUACACCGGAGUAUUCAUGGAGUUCGAGUUCGAACCGGUCAACCUAACUCUCUCUAACGUGCACUACUGUGCCCGAGAUUGGGCCCGGGAAAACACGGUAGUAAACACCAAGGGUGUCCACAUGUGCGGCCACAUGUCACUGGAUCCGGAGCGGAAACCUCCUUGCGAUAACAAAGAAGCCGGAAUGCCAUUGUUCUACCGGAACAGCCAAGAUGGUGCCACGUACCUACGCGGCUUGCUGGACAUCCCGAAGCAUGAUCACUGCAACCUUCGAGGCGCACCGGAAGUGUUUCUUGACGUUAUGCAUUACGCCGAAUGGAUUGCGGAAGUGGCCGCUGGGGACGACCACAAUAGGGUUGGGGACAACAUUUCACGAAGAAGUUGGAGGAUCAUAGAAGAUUCAGUUACGGUCAGGCCAACUAGAAAUCGACAUGUUUUGCAACUGGACAGAACUACGCCAAGAGUUUAGAAAUAAAAUUAAACAAGGAUCAGUACAGAAGUGUUGAUUUUAUAUGUACAAAAUAA